AUGUCUCAGAUCUCAAGCCUAAAGUUUUGGAUGGCAAAUUUGGCAAAACUGGAGUUUGCUGCCUUGGACCUUUCCGGGGACAACUUUUCAUCAUGGGUCCUGGAUGCCAAAAUUCAUCUACGAGCCAAUGGCCUCGGACAAACAAUUGUAGAUGAGAAUAAUGCUUCGCCUGAAGAGAAUGCGAAGGCCAUGAUCUUUCUUCGCCGCCACAUCCAUGAGGCGCUGAAAAGCGAAUAUGUGGUGGUUGAUGAACCGUUGGUUCUGGGGAAAGCUCUAGGUGAAAGAUACGAUCACCAGAAGACGAUGACUCUUCCAAGAGCUAGAUACGAAUGGACCCACUUGAGAUUUCAAGAUUACAAGUCAGUGUCCGAGUAUAACUCGGCUAUGCACAGAAUUACCUCAUUAAUGAGGCUAUGUGGAGAAAAUAUAUCUGAGGAGGAUAUGCUCGAAAAAUCUCUGAGCACUUUUCAUGCUUCAAAUGUCCUCCUUCAACAGCAAUACAGACAUAGCAGUUUCAAGAAGUACUCGGAACUUGUAUCUUGCCUCUUGUUAGCUGAGCAGAAUAAUGAGCUAUUAUUAAAGAAUCACCAAUCUCGCCCAACGGGCUCAACGCCACUUCCUGAAAUAAAUGCUGCAUCUCAGGAAGUGAAUGCCACUUCAUCUCGUGGUAAUAUCCACAAACGUGGGCGAUGGGGCAAGCGUGGCCACUGGCAAGGAAAUAAAAAAAAUCGUGGUGCUCGUUCAGAGGGUUUAGGUCCAAGGAGUGGUCCAUCCACGAACGGCAAAAAUGCAUCCCGUAAUAAGGGAAAGGCACAGAUGAGCCAUGUGCCUAGAAAUGUUGAAAGCCCUUGUCACAGAUGUGGUGCAAAGGGACAUUGGGUGCGCGCAUGUCGUACGCCCAAGCAUUUGGCGGAUCUCUAUCAAGCUUCACUUAAGAAUAGGAAAGUGGAGAUAAAUUACAUUGAUCAUGCUCCCCCAGCCAUAGAUGGCUCAUCAGAAAUAUCACGUCAGCAAAACAAGACGCAUCUAGAUGUUUCUGAUUUUGUUACUAAAAGAUGGAAUGAAGGUUAUGAGUCCGAAUUAGAUUAA